AAUCCAAUCCAAAUCCAUUUUAAGCCUGUUUCUUUUUCCCGCCGGUUGCCCGCCAGUCACCCUUGACACCAGCGGUUUUUGUGGUUUUGGAGAGUUUUGAACGCUUUGAACAACAAGUGGCAAUCAAUAGAAACGUCUUCAUUACAUCCCGGGUACCGGCAGUACAUCUCGCGGUGCAGAGGCGAAUCUGCUAAGGUACGGCGUUUCGUGCCAUGAAGUCGAUCCAGAGGGGCCUCUUCGUCGUGUUCGAGGGCUGCGACCGAACCGGCAAGACGACGCAAAUCAAGCUGCUCUCCGAGAGCUUGAGCAAGCUCGGCCACAAGACUGAGACAAUUGCUUUUCCGAACCGGUCGACCACCACUGGUACGCUGCUGGACAGCUACCUGAAGGCAAGCACCGACCUGGACGACCACGCGGUGCAUCUCCUGUUUUCGGCAAACCGCUGGGAAGCCGCGCCGUCGCUUCUUUCCACCUUAGCUCGGAACACGACCGUGAUCGCCGACCGUUACGCCUACUCCGGUGUCGCCUUUUCGGCGGCCAAGUCCCUCGAAUUCCGGUGGUGCCAGCAGUGCGACGUGGGACUCCCCGAACCGGACCUCAUCUUGUACAUGAGCGUGCCCCCAGAGACGCUCGCCGCCCGAGGUGGUUUCGGCGAAGAGCGCUACGAGAACAGCUCGUUUCAAGAGAAGGUCCGUGCAAACUACAAUCGCCUGGCUUCACUGGAGGCAAAGGGAGGCCGCUGGAUCGAGGUUGAUUGUUCCAAGAAUGUGCAAGAGGUUCACCAAAUUAUUGAGAGCGUGGUUCUCGAAGCAUUGACAAAGGAACGUGCAGAUGUGGGGAAGUUGUGGUCUGAGUGACUUGUGAGCAUUGAUCCGGCUCUUCUUUAAAAAGAUAGUUGAUGCAUUUGGUUCAUCGUGUUUUCAUAAUGUUAGAGGGUAUGUGGGUGAAGUGUGCCUGCAUGCAGAUGCGGGGCUAAAGAGAUUACAACCUGUUGGACUGUGCUGGGGUUCGACAUUAGCAGUCAAUUGACGAGCAAACGUUGGCAUCCAUAGAGUAGGUCAAGAGCAUUCAGACUUUUUCUCCUUGGGUAUGCCUCAACAAUUUAAGGACAGCAACAACACAGUCAUGUUUUGUACGCUGUCCAAGAAUUCUCUAUUGUGUAAAAGCAUUUUAUAUUUUUAGCACUUAUUUGUCGCAUAGAUUUUGUGCCUUUGCACUUUUCCCUAUGUUAUUGUUGAUGAUUCAAUUAUUUUAGUGCACCCUGAUGAUUUACCGUGAGUUUGCAGUUGUGCCGAGCACAUGGAGAAAUUUUAUGCACAUUCACUUGUCAAUCCUGAUCUAGGCCAAAACUUGUCGGUGGCCCAUUCAUCUAGUAGGCCAAUUCGUCGUAAAGCAACUCAUCGAAGAGACCAACUGGUCGCCGCUUUUUCAAAGCUAAGAUAUGUAAUUAUUGUCCUGAAAUUUGAAAGCAAAUACUGCCCUAUAGACCAACACGCGUCCCUUACGUCGUACAGCUGCGGUGGCGCUUUCGACAGCACUGCGCAUGCGCAGACGCUUCACUUCACUCGAAUUCUGUUUCUGUGCACGCGCAGUGCCCACAUCUGGUGUGGGCAAAUGCAGGCUUGUUUGUAAACAGCGUGUCGGUCUAUAGUAAUCCGUAAAAUCGCCACACUGUAAUUGACCUCCAGUGUGCUCUUGUUGAAGAUAACAACUUGCCGCUUUCACGGUGCAGUGGGGGACGGUCACUACGUCGCAUGUAAACCUACCCGGCCCACCCUUUUCUGCGGCUGCUCAUUACAAAAAGUGAUGAAGAAAAGGAACAAAAAGA